AUGGCUGGAGAAGUUAUUGUGGAUGCAUUACCAUAUAUUGACCAGGGUUAUGAUGAUCCAGGAGUCAGGGAAGCGGCCUUGGCCAUGGUAGAAGAGGAAUGUCGUAGAUAUAGACCUACUAAGAAUUAUCUGGAAAAUGCAGGACCAGAACCUAGCACAGCUUUUGAGACUCCAGCUUUACAGCGUGAGAUGGAACGCGUACAACAACGUUUACCUAUGGAACCACUAUCUAUGAAAAGAUAUGAAUUACCACCACCUCCAGCUGGUCGAUUAGGAGAACCUGCGGCUUGGACAGAAGCUGUCGAUAAUUCUCAUGCCCAACUCUCUCAUCAGGCGACAAGAGUCCUUAAUUUGGAGUUACAAUUACAAUAUAGUACAGAAGCUUGGAGGUCAUAUCUUAAUAUCCUUCAAGCUUUAGUGACAAGAUCCCAAAAUGUACAUACUCAGUUAAGAAAACAAAUAGCAGCAGUUAAUUGGGAGCGCAAGAGGUCCCAGACCGCGAGUGGUGCGCGGUUGCGAGCGUUGCGACGGCGCUGGGCUCAACUCGUGUCGGACAACUACCGGUUGGAACGCGCCAUAUUGCAGUUGGAAAUGCAGCUUGAAAAGGCUAAAGGUCAAGCGGCGACCGACGAUGAAGCGCCAGAGAUGGACAUGGAGGCGGUCAAGAACUUGCCCGACAAACUCAACUCGGAGACAGAAAAGGAGGUGCAAAAGAAAAUUGAAGAUAUGUUCGCCGAU